AUGUCAGCCGACGUGCAAAGCGCGGCCGCGCGCAUUUUGGAUGCUGAACCCAUACGAGAUCCCAGCUACAACGACUUUUCCUUCGCUCCCUUCCUCCGCAGAAGCUUCGGUUUCGGCCUUGCCACCGAUGUUCCCGUCUGCAAGGCCUACAGCGAAGGCCACUGCCCGCUGGGACCUGCCUGCCCUGACCGACAUCCAACACCUUCGCGCGUAACCACAUCCACCACCACUGCCUCCGGAUUGGCACCCUCCACCACGCACGGCUCUCUAGUCUGCAAGCAUUUCCUCAAGGGAUUGUGCAAAAAGGGGUUGAAAUGCGAAUACCUGCACGAGUACAACCUGCGUCGCAUGCCGGAAUGCCAAUCCUUCUCUCGGUCGGGAUACUGCCCUAACGGCGAUGACUGCCUAUACCAACAUGUCCGCGAAGAGGCUCGCCUCCCGCCAUGUGAGCACUACGAUCGAGGGUUCUGCGAAUUGGGUCCUCUUUGUGCCAAGCGGCAUGUGCGUCGUCGACUCUGCAAGUUUUACCUGGCAGGAUUUUGUCCCGAGGGCAAGGCGUGCGCCGAUGCCCAUCCGCGGUGGACAGAGAACCUACCGCGACCGACAAUGCGGACCGAGAAGACCGAAGAGGAGCUGGAGCACGAGCGAGCACUCAUUCGCGAGGAGCAAGAGCGGGAGAAGGAGCGAGAGCGCGAAUGGCGGAAUGAGCGUGGACGUGGUGGCGGCUUCAUGCGCGGACGCUAUCGCGGGCGAGGAAGAGGGUGA